AAACCCCAAUUCAAAACCCUAACAUUUCUCCACAUCAAAUUACAUUCAUACACGAUAAUCUACUUAAUUUUCUUUCUUUCUGUGUUCUCAAUUUGUUGUGAUGCAGGCGAGCGACAGGUUUAAUAUAAAUUCACAGCUCGAGCAUUUACAGGCUAAAUAUGUCGGCACAGGCCACGCCGAUUUGACUCGGUUUGAAUGGGCGGUGAAUACUCAUCGAGAUAGUUACGCUUCCUACGUUGGGCAUUACCCUAUUUUGUCCUACUUCGCCCUCGCCGAAAACGAAUCCAUUGGCAGAGAGCGUUACAAUUUUAUGCAGAAAAUGCUUUUGCCAUGUGGUCUUCCUCCCGAAAGAGAAGACGAGUGAAGCAAACUCGUCUGACUAUCGCUGUUGAAGCAGAAAAAAACAGUGCCCUUACCGACAAUUUGCAAAACGUUGUAUUAUCUUUUCAUUUUAGCUCAAGAAUUUAUCAUUUGCAUUUUGCGAUAUAGUUGUCGAGACUUGUGGUACGGUGUGUAUGCUUUGUUAUUGUCUGAAAGUUACAUUACAUAUGCAUAAUUGACAACUUCUUGAUCUUGACCCAGUGAA